UUCAGUAGUCCUCUAAAUCCCGGCGCGGCGGUCGAGGUCGCGGCCCGGCGGGACGGCAUUUUCAGACGUCUGGAUUACUGCAUUGGUGACGCAGAACCGAUACGACCAGCUAUAUAAGCUGCCGAUGACGGCUCGGAGGCAUCAGUUGAUCAAACCCACCAUCGACAUGAAGACCAUUCUCCUCCUCUGUCUGGUGGCUGUGGCCGCGGCCGACCAGAGUGCACGGAUCGCCAACUUCCAGUACGGCAUUGAGGAGGACGGAUCAUAUGCUGCCAACUACGAGACAACCAAUGGCAUCAAGGCUCAGGAGGACGGCAUCUCCUACCCCGGCAACAUCCCCGAGUCUGGCAACUACGUGAGGAGCGGCUCGUACUCGUACGAAUGGGAGGGCGUCACCUACACGGUCACCUGGACGGCCGACGAGAACGGCUUCCACCCGGAGGGUGACCACCUGCCCGACUUCAGCCACACCCGCGAGCACAUCGGAGGCGUGGAGGAUCAUCUGUAACUGAUGAACUUGCAUACAUAUGAAAUCAUCUCCUCAGCAUACCUGAAUCGUUGGAUUCUCGAGUCAUUGUAAAUCAUCUAUCUGUUGAUGUGAUGUCCGUUGUUUCUUUGUGUGUUGUUGUGUCCAUCCGUGUUCAAUGUACAUUUCGUCGUCAUGUCCUUUGUUGUCUCGAUAUGCCAAUACACAUAUACAUUUAUA